GCGCUUGGCUGCCAGAGAAAGACGUGAUUGUUGUCAUCGAGCCUCCGUCCCGGCCCUCCCAGCCCUCCCAGCCCUCCCAGCCCUCCGCCCCCCGCGCUCCCACCGCCCUCGGCUCCCAGGAACAAAACCCCCGCGCUCGGGCCGGGCUCGCUCGUGGCGGAGCAGAGAGGAGGAGGAGGAGGUGGAGGAGGAGGAGGAGGAGGAGGGAGACAGCCAGAGAGAGACUUGUCUUGGGGAUUAAUAAGAGGCAGGAGGAGGGAGAGGUGCACACAGGGAAACACCUGGACCAUGAAGGUGGCCCUCAGGUUGCUUCUCCCACUCGUUCUCGUGCUGGUCUGGGGGGUGAGCGGGCAGCGGAGGAAACCCCCCCCCCAACCCCCCCCCCCCCCCCCCCCCCCCCCCGCGCCCGUGGAGCCCACGGAGCUGCCCCCGCCCCUGCCCCCGGGCCCCCCCUCCGUCUUCCCGGACUGCCCCCGGGAAUGCUACUGCCCCCCGGACUUCCCGUCCGCCCUGUACUGCGACAGCCGCAACCUGCGCAAGGUGCCCGUCAUCCCGCCCCGCAUCCACUACCUCUACCUGCAGAACAACUUCAUCGACGACCUGCCCGAGGAGUCCUUCAGGAACGCCACCGGCCUCAAAUGGGUCAACCUCGACAACAACCGCAUCCGGAAGGUGGACAGGCGGGUGCUGGAGAAGCUGGAAAACCUCAUCUUCCUCUACAUGGAGAAGAACCAGCUCAAGGAGGUGCCCGCCUUCCUGCCGCCCAACCUGGAGCAGCUGCGGCUGAGCAGGAACCAGAUCUCCAAGAUCCCCGCCGGGGUCUUCAACAAGCUGGAGAACCUGGUGCUGCUGGAUCUGCACCACAACAAGCUGAGCGACGGGGUCUUCAACAAAAACACCUUCAAGGGACUCAAGAACCUCAUGCAGCUCAACCUGGCCCACAACAUCCUGAGGAAGAUGCCCCCCGGGGUGCCCAGUGCCAUCCACCAGCUCUUCCUGGACAGGAACAACAUCGAGGACAUCCCCAGUGACUACUUCAAGGAGUUCCCCAACCUGGCGUUCAUCCGGCUCAACUACAACCAGAUCUCUGACAAGGGGCUCCCCAAGGACUCCUUCAACCUCACCAACCUGCUGGUGCUGCACCUGGCCCACAACAAGCUCACCAACGUCCCCUUCAUCAGCCCCAAGCUGGAGCACCUCUACCUGAACAACAACUCCAUCGAGAAGAUCAACGGGACGCAGAUCUGCCCCACCUCGCUCGUGUCCAUCCAGGACUUCUCCCCCUCCAACCUGGACGGUGUGCCCCGGCUCCGCUACCUGCGGCUGGACGGGAACCUCCUGAAGCCCCCCAUCCCCUUGGACCUGAUGAUGUGUUUCCGCCUCCUGCAGUCCGUGGUGUUCUAGCCCUGCCCCUCCUGCCCCAGGACUCGGCUUUGCACAGAGACUUCACCCCCCCGGCGGUGUUUGACACGUGGGACCCCCUUUUGCCUCCCUCUCUGCCCCUGCUCUCCCCCUGCCUCCGUUCCUUUCCUUUCCCCCUUCCCUCCCCUGC